CCACCGUAUGCGAAUGGUGACCUUCACAUGAGCCAUGCUGUCAAUAAGAUAGCCAAAGACAUCAUUCUUCGUACGCAAAUCGUCAACGGUAAUCGUGUACACUAUCAUCCAGGUUGGGAUUGUCAUGGAUUGCCUAUCGAAAUGAAAGCAAAAUCAGUUAAAGAUGGAAUGAAUGCACUCGAAAUACGAAGCAAUGACUUUGCGACGGCUACUAUUAAAGAGCAAAAGAGAGCGUUUGAAUCGUGGGGCGUCACAGCUAAUUGGAACAAAGUGGAAAAUAUGUAUCUUACCUAUGAUCCUGCUUACAUAAAAAAUCAAUUGAAUCUUUUCCAUCAAUUGUAUUCAAAACGGAUCAUCUUUCGCGAUUUGAAACCAGUAUACUCAUCAUCCAAAACUGCACUAGCAGAAGCUGAAUUGGAAUAUAGCACGAAUCAAGUAAGCCCAUCGUUGUAUAUUCGAUUUAAAUUGAAAAAUGUGCCAACAUCACUUAAGAAAUACGACGAAUAUGGUGUAUAUGGUUUAAUUUGGACAACCACACCAUGAACACUGCCAGCGAAUCAAGCCAUUUGUUUUAGUCCAGACCUCAAGUACUCAGUGAUUCGACUGAAUGACGAACCCGAAUACUAUAUUGUUGGAACCGACCUAAUAGCAAAACUAAAAGAAACACUCGAAACAUUUGAAUUCGAAGAGUAUGCGAGUGUGGAUGCGGCCGAUUUAGAAAGUUGUACAUAUUUGCAUCCAAUCGAUAAAGACACGGAAUUGCCAUUUUUAAAAGGAAAUCAUGUAAAGGCUGACAUUGGAACUGGAUUAGUUCACACAGCACCAUCGCAUGGUUUUGAUGAUUAUCUUGUUUGUUUAGCUGAAAAUAUUCCGAUUUUCGAGAUGGUAAUCAACUAUGGUACAAGAAGAUGUAAUACAAUUGGGGAAUGGUUCAUUGAUAUUAAGGCGAUUCGCGACACAACGCUGGCGCAAUUAGAAAACAUUGACAUUUACACCAAAUCUGAAAAGCUGGAAAGUACACAAUUGUCACAAAGAUUCGACCAACGACCAUACUGGUGCAUUUCAAGACAACGUGUUUGGGGUACACCAAUUCCAGCAUUUUAUCGAAAAGAUACCGGCGAAGUGAUUGUAUCGGAGACCAUCGUGAAUCACAUUAAUGAAUUGCUUACAAAAAAUGGAACGAUUGAUUUUUGGUGGUCAAAAGACGUUGUCGAUUUAAUACCAGACAAUGAACUGAAAAGACUGAAUCUGAAUGCGGAGAGUUCAUUAAAUUCACAGGACAUAUUGGAUAUUUGGUUUGAUUCGGGUAUUUCAUGGUCGUAUGCAUUGGAUUCGCCAAAUGUUGCUGAUUUGUAUUUAGAAGGUAUCGACCAGUUUACCGGGUGGUUUCAAUCGUCUUUGAUUACAAGUGUGGCAUCAAGAGGCAUAUCACCAUUCAAAUCAAUUCUUGUGCAUGGAUUUACCGUUGAUGGAAAUGGACGAAAAAUGUCAAAAUCGCUGGGAAAUGUGAUAAAUCCAAGCGAUAUCCUUGAAAAUCACAAUGUAGAUACGCUACGUUGGUGGAUUGCAGCGCAUUUAGUUG